AUGAUGGACGAGUCGAGGAAAGGGAAGACGAUCAAGUCUGCCUAUGACAGCAGCACAUUCAACGAAAAUGUCUCAAUUCACGUCGACCGCAAGGUUGGAUCAGCAACUAUCUCCCCUUCAGGUCGGGAUGUUGCCCUGGCCUCUACCGACGGUCUCGAUAUUAUUGACCUCGAUUCUCCCUGGAACCCCCCUCGACAUCUCCGACAUGGGCUUCCAUGGCUUGUUGCAGACGUCCAAUGGUCUCCAUUUGCGCUCAGAGACUACUGGGUAGUCAGCACAGCGAACCAGAAGGCUUUGGUAUGGAAUCUGAACAUGCAAGAAGAUGCUUCCCACGGAGCCAUCGAACACACACUCCAGGGACAUACAAGAGCUAUAACCGAUAUCAAUUUCUCGGCCCACCAUCCGGACAUGCUUGCAACCUGUGCCGUGGAUGGGUACGUACACUGCUGGGACUUACGCCGCCCAAGACAGCCAGUUCUCACGUUCUGCGAUUGGUUUGGUGGGGCGACACAGGUCAAAUACAAUCGCCAGGAUUCUCAUAUCCUAGGCUCUUCACAUGAUCGGUGGCUUCGAAUUUGGGACGAUCGAAAAGGGGCUGCACCCUUGAGGUCUAUUAAUGCACACGAGUCGAAAAUAUAUGGCCUCGAUUGGAACAGAACAAGAGCGACAGGUGUGAUCACUUGUUCAUUGGACAAAAGCAUCAAGUUCUGGGACUAUGGCAAUGAGUUAGACGAGCCCGAGCGGAUCAUUCGAACCGACUUCCCAGUGUGGAGAGCUCGUCACACACCGUUUGGAUGGGGAGUAUUGGCUAUGCCUCAAGAUACUCCAGGAAAUCUGCAUCUCUACGAUCGCCGUUUGAAAGAGGGGGAUGAGCAAGACGCUCAUUCCCCAGCUGUCACUACCUGGGCGGGACAUGGCAGCCACAAAGUCAAAGAAUUCUUAUGGAGGAGCAGAGGUGGCAUCACAGACGAUGGUGUCGAUAACAGAGAAUUUCAACUAGUGUCUUGGGGAGAGGACAAUGAGCUUCGGCUCCAACAGGUCGAUGAAGCUACCCUCGGAGGAGUGGGUUAUGUCAAAGGGACCCAGGUCCGCAAGAAGUUGAAUGUCACUCGCAAAGGAGCUGUCUAUAAGACCUUUCGAAUGGUCGAGAAUUCGUCUCCUGAAAAGAAGGCCGCUACAAUCACUGGUCCUCGCCCUGGAAGUGCUGGCCUCAAAGUCAGCGCAUUGAGCGCUGGUAUGAAGAAGAUGAAUCUCGCAAGCCCGAAUCGAAACCACAUGGCAAUGCGAGCUCCUCCGAUGAAAGGAAAAGACAAGCCCGGAAAACCAGAAGACCAGAAUCAAAAACAAAUCGGCUGGAUGAGUGGGAUCAAAUUUAACAAGCAGGAGAAUUCCUCUACGACACAAAAGAGGCCUGUAUCGAGGAGAUUAUCUCUCCUUAAUCCGGAGUUUGAUGACGAGGAAGAUUGGGAUUCUCCAGAAAACUUGCGCGAAGAGAUUAUCCGCAUUCACAACCAGUUACCCAAGAUCGAUUUCGAAGAUGUCAAUAUGGACAAGCGGACGGUAUUUGCUUCUAUGAAUGGGCCGUGGGGAGACGAUGGGGAUGCGAUAAACAUCAACGUGACCCUAGUAUUCCCGGAGCAGUACCCCGAGUCCAAAGCACCAAGCUUCACCAUCGGCAAAACUUCCCUCAUGUCAGAUGAGAUAUACAGCAAAUUGAAACGGGAGGUCCAUCAAAUAGCAGCAGGAUUCGUCGCCCGCAAACAAGGUUGUUUGGAGGCAAUCUUAUGCUAUCUCCUAGGAGAAGUCGACCUUGAAUCGAGUACCACACUUUUCAAGGAUGUUGAUGAUCUUGACGAUAUGGAUGCUUUGGCCGACGAGAGUUCUAGCGACGACGAGAAUGAAGACAUUCCUGCUGGUGCUUCAGCCAUGAUGUCUCAAGAACUCGAUUCGAGCGCGACGGGGGAUAUGCUCACACCCAUGAAUCGAAACGCAAACGUUCCCCUACCAAGAUACUGUGGAGCUCGAUUCUCAGCUAACGGCAAGCUGACCUGUUUCUUCCCACCCAAGGAAGACAAGGUUAAAUCUCUUUUGGAGACCUUGGUUGCAAAGAACAAUGCGCGAUCCAGAGGAGAACCCGUCUUUCCAACCUUCGGGCGUUUGGACAAUGGCAGCUCUCCAGUCCCCCGGAAGACAGCUAUGUCCCUUGCCUCAGAUAUCAAGGAUGACUCGGACGCUUCUGAUGACUCCGAUGUGUCAUCUUCGAGUGACUCGGAUUCGUCUCCUUUUCCCAUGGCAAGGUUUCCUAUGUCUGAAUAUUUACGCCGAACCGGCCAUCGUCCCUACAAAAGAGGACCUCCUACCAUUCUAUCGCAGAGAUCAAGCACUGGGGGCACUGGCACUGGGACUGGGACUGGAACUGGGACUGGAAUCGGCAAAGCACGGCUUUCCAAGCCCAAGAACAUCAUCUCCCUGCAUCCAAUCGGUGAUCUCCUUCCUUCAAAGAUCGAACUUGCCACUGAUUAUGCCAUCUUUGGCGAUGGACCUGAUGUUUGUGAGCACAAUGCUAAUGCUGCUGAGAAGCACGGUUAUUCAGACCUCGCCGACGUGUGGAGGUACGCUGCGAUGCUGCUGCACAAUGAAAUCCCUCUAGAGAUUCUCGAUCAGACUCAUCGCCGCGAACCAAUAUUGGUCAUUGCGAAAGAUGCUGUCAAACGGAAUCGCAGCAAUAGUGGUUCUGAUAGUGGGGUUGAUGUUUCAUACGACAUCCGGCAGCACACGAACCCUCUGUCUGGUCGAGUCAAAUGGGGAACCAGUCCGCUUGCCAGACAACUCAUUGCCGAUUUGUUCACUUACUUUGAAGACCUCGCAGAUGUUCAAAUGCUGGCGAUGCUCUCAUGUGUUUUCAACGAACCUUUCGCAAAAGACGCCAUUUCCCAAGCAGAAUUGCACAUGUCUCAACCUCAAACUCCGCUAUCGAUGAAGACCCCAGCUUUUUCACUUGAUUACUUUCCUACAGAUGCUACUCAGUGGAGCGUGUCCUCCAAGACGCCGAUCAACUCAGUCGUUUCUACACCGAAAUUGGCACAAACGCCUUCAGGCUUGUAUGGCUCCCUAGGGUCAUCAAAUGGUCCUUGGGGCAGUGAUCCUGCUUCGGCUUCUUAUUCUUGUGGAGAAACCCCACCGCUGAGGUCAAAUCGAGCAAGUUCAGAAAAGCUAGAUCAACAUACGCAGAGCUUAUCCACGUCUCCAGAGAAUCCGCGCACCGUCCGUCGUGCCAAUUCAGGGUUGGCUUCCAGCUUUGCUGCAAGCUUCGGUCGCCCUUUUACCAUGACCUCUUCCUCCUCGCCACCUAAUCCGCCGCCAAACCGAAAGCGUCCAAGUCCUGUCGAAAACAUGCUCAGUUCAUUGAACCCGAGUGCCAUCACGUGGGGUGGGACGACUGUGCUUGGGGGUAUCAAAGAGCAAGUCGCUCCUGAGAGGUCUCCAUACUCGGAUGAUGAAAGCCUGGGCGAUGACUUUAAGCCGACUUUCUGCACUGGUAUCAGCGUUGCCAUGGCAAACCAAGAUCGUUUCGAUGAUGAAGGUUGCAUGAGUACACCCCUACUCGACAUCAGCCACGCACAACUCUACGCUAGCUACCGAAAGUCCUAUGCCGAGCUCCUGUUUGUCUGGGGCCAUCCCCUCGCGCGCCUUGAAAUUCUAAAGUUCAACGGCCUAAAAGACUACUUCCUUGAAAUCGACAUUCCAGACAAUAAAUCCUUUGCAGCCUCCAUCCUCUCAACUGAUACCCACAAUGCAAACCACGACCAAGCACCCCCAUCACCCAUCAUCCUCGGCAAGAAGCUGUCUGAUACACCCGACCCCGGUUCAGGAGAAGGGCUCGACGUAACCGGGUACUGCCUCAAACACGAAUCCCGCCUCGAGCCCCUCCUCUCCAACCUCGGUGGCGGCGCUAUCGGCCGCUGCGAGCGCUGCAAAACCAUCCAGCGCCAGCUCCGCUGCACCGUCUGCUGCGAGCCCAUCUCCGCCAUCUUCUCGCCCUGCCUUUCCUGCGGCUGCGCAACACACGAGCACUGUCUCGCUGAAUACCACGCGGAUGGCAACACGGACUGCCCAGGUGGUUGUGAUUGCGACUGCGGCGAUAAGGCAAGUCAGGGGGUGGUGGAGAGUUGGGAGGUCAUGAUGGGUGCGAUUGAGCGGAUGCGGAUCUUGGAAUCGAAGAGUAGUCCGAGCUCGAGGGCAGGCAAGGAGAAGCAGCCGCAUGAUUCGGAGGAGUGGCAUGAAGAAGAGAAGACGGACUGGGAAAUGGCGGGCUUCCCGCCUUCUAGUGCAGAGGGUUUGGGGAGAGCUUCCUCGACGUUGAGGAGGAUUGGACAGGUUAGAGGGGGGGAAUGGGGAGUGGGGAGUGGCGGGAAGAAGAAGGCUAGUAGUUUGAGGAAUGAGAAAUUUUAUUGA